GCAGCGAAUGAAACUUCCCGCCGGACCGGUAGGCCUACCAGUGGUCGGGUAUAUGCCAUUCCUCGGCAAACACCCCCACAAAGACAUCGCCAAAUUGCGGGACAAAUACGGAUCAGUAUUCACAUUGCAAUUAGGAGUGAAUUAUGUGGUAAUACUCGACGACUGGGAGGCCGUGAAGGAGGCCUUACAUAAGGACACGUUUUUAGGCAAACCUACGAGUAGUCCGUUUACUGUCGUCAACACCGAUAAUGAUUACGCAAAGAGCAUAGUCGAUGACAGCGGCCACUCAUGGAGUGAGGACCGAAAGUUGGCGACACAAGUGCUCCGGGAGUUAGGCUUCGGGAAGACCAUUAUGGAGGUGAAGAUCACCGAUGAGAUCCACUAUCUUAUCAAACGUAUUGACGAGACCGAUGGCGAACCCAUGAAUAUACACGAAGUACUGGUGCCGAGCGUAUCCAACAUUAUUAUGCAACUGGUGUUUGGCCACCGAUACGAGUAUAAUGAGCCCACGCGACAAAACUUGGACCAAACCCUGGACCAAAUGCCACACGUGUUCAAUAGGUUUGGGUUUUUAGCGACGGCACCGGUAUGGUUGGCCAGGAUAGCCUUCAAAAUGGGUUUAUAUGGCGAUCAUAAGAAGUUUGAUUACUCGUAUCAGUUGUUUGAGUAUGAAUUGUGUUUA